AGCCCCUUCUGCUGACUGGGAGAGAAGGAAGAGGUUCUUCAAUUUCUCAUCAUUUCUCUUGUGUGCCAGCACAGCAGAGGAUGCACAGCAAUCACUCAUCUGUUUACUGAUUCACAAAAGAGAAGAGAGCUGCUGUAGCUGUAGCAAUCCUGAAAAGGGUUGCUUCUCAACUGCACUGAACUUCAGAAAUCACUGGAAGUGAAGAAUACUUCGGGUAAGUGCUAUUACCUAACAAGGUGACAGAAUGGAGAACAAACAGCAAAGCAACGGUGAGAUGAAAGAAAAUCAGGCGAUGAAGAAAAAAAUGAAUUGGUCUGGGAGUCUUAUUGUAGCCUCUUUAACGGGCGCUUUUGGGUCGUCUUUUCUCUAUGGUUACAAUCUCUCCGUGGUGAAUGCUCCUGCAGUGUAUAUCAAGAAGUUUUACAAUGAAACUUGGCAAAGAAGAUAUGGCUUCUCAGUGGAUGAAAGCACACUGACUCUCCUCUGGUCUAUAACUGUCUCUAUUUUUGCCAUUGGUGGCCUUGUGGGUGCCAUUAUUGUUACACCAAUUGUGAAGUUCUUUGGACGGAAAUGUACGUUGCUGCUCAAUAAUGUGUUUGCAGUGACAGCUGCGUUGUUGAUGUCCCUCUCCUUGUUGGCAGGGUCAUUUGAAAUGCUCAUACUGGGCCGCGUUAUAAUGGGCGUUGAUGCAGGCAUUUCUUUGAGUGCCCUUCCCAUGUAUUUGAGUGAAAUAUCUCCUAAGGAAAUACGUGGUUCAUUGGGUCAGGUCACAGCGAUUUUCAUCUGUAUUGGUGUUUUCACUGGUCAGGUUUUGGGGCUGCCAGAAAUAUUUGGGCAGGAAUCUCGGUGGCCUUACUUAUUUGGAGCGAUCAUUGUUCCUUCAUUGAUACAAGUCAUGAUUUUGCCUUUUCUUCCUGAAAGUCCUCGUUACCUCCUACUUGAAAAACAUAACACGAGCAAGGCAGAAAAAGCAUUUCAGACCUUCCUUGGGAAAAGCGACGUGUCUAAUGAAGUAGAAGAAGUUUUGGCAGAGUCUCGAGUCCAAAGAAACACCAAGUUAGUGUCGAUACUUCAGCUCCUGAGAACCCGUGCUGUGCGAUGGCAGGUCAUUACUGUCGUUGUCACCAUGGGCUGCUACCAGCUCUGUGGGCUAAAUGCUAUCUGGUACUACACAAACAACAUCUUCAGUGAAGCUGGGAUCAAUCAUGAAACAAUCCCGUAUGUUACUCUAAGUACUGGUGCUGUUGAGACUGUGGCUGCUGUUUUUUCUGGCUUAGUAAUUGAACGGCUCGGACGCAGGCCUCUUCUCAUUGGGGGUUUUGGGUUGAUGGUUGUCUUCUUCGCAAUACUUACCAUCUCUCUGACUCUACAGAAAACCGUGUAUUGGCUUCCUUACCUCAGUAUAUUUUGCAUCCUUGCAAUCAUUGCAUCGUUCUGCGUUGGACCAGGUGGGAUUCCAUUUGUCCUCACCGGAGAGUUUUUCCAGCAGUCGCAGAGGCCAGCCGCAUUCAUGAUAGCUGGGACAGUCAACUGGCUCUCCAACUUCGCAGUUGGACUGCUCUUCCCUUUCAUUCAGGGUGGUUUACAGACCUACUGCUUCCUAGUGUUCGCUGCCAUCUGCUUUGCGGGAGCUACCUACCUGUUUUUUGUCCUGCCUGAAACAAAAAAUAAGACAUUGAAUGAGAUCAGCCAGGCAUUUGCCAAAAGGAAUAAAGUAUCUUUGGAAAUGCAAGAAAUGAACCACUACCCGGGAGAGAGGAAAUCGAGUGCAGAACAAGAGUCGAACUUCACGUCAGCAGUGGACAACGGCGAAACCAAAAAAGGGAUUGUGUAAACCCAGACCACUCUUUCGUGGGAUGGGGAAAAAUAUGCUCUUUUCAUUCAGUAUGUUUAUAGCAAUGCACAACUUGUAUUUUGUUUUUAUGUGACAGCAUGAACUGCUUCCCCCUUGAAUAUGUUUUAAGUGAGUACGGGUGAAUUCGUUAGCAGCCAGGGUGAUGGUUGAGGAAAUGAGAGGCGGGAGUAGCGGCAGCUGAUUAAAUAAAUAAGAGCCAGAGUUUUCUCAGGCACCUGUGAAAUAGGUGCUGGGGUGAGUGAGGUGGGGAAUAUAGACUGGGAGAAGCAAAGUGGUGGUGGGGAGUGGGGUUUGUGAGCAGUGGCUGGCUGAGCACCCCCACGUGCUCACAGGGAGGGGUGCGUGCAGUCGCUGGGGAGGAGGAGGCAGGGACAAGGGAAGAGAUCCCAGCAGGGGUCUGCUAAGAAUCGAUGCAAGCGACCCUGAGAAGGUACCGGCUUGCAUUUCUCCACGUUUCCCAAUAUGUCAUUAAAGUUGCAGGUGAGAAUUGAAGACUUGAAAGAAGACUCGUGACACUCCCCCGAUCUCCCGUUCCUUUUCCAGCUAUUUUGACUUCCAGUUGCUUCGUCUCAACAUCUCCCAGCUUCUCAUAAAAUGCAGAGCUCCGGGUCCUGAUGAGUUUCCUUGUCUCUCUUGCAAAUCCUGAUCGACUAGUAAUAGAGUUGCCUGUAGUUUCUGGGUUUGCUGGCACUGCAUUUCUCUGGAGAGAUAUAUAUAUUUAAAUUUAUUUUUUAAGAAUAGCUAUACAAGCUUUAAUAUGAAAACUAAACCUCAUGGUGAAGUGAGAGAACUCUGAUGGUACUUGUAGGGUGUAGCAUUUUAAAAAAAUCAAACAUCAAGUUUUCCAAGGGUUGGGUUUUUUGGUUGUUUGCUUUGCUUUUCUAUUCAAGUUCCUUUUAAAGUCUUAGGAGCCAAAAUUUCUCUGAGACCCAAUAAAUGUCAUUUCUUAACACUCAAAUCUCCAAAGGAAUUUGGGUCCCUAUUUCUUAUUUAAACACUAAGUUGCAUUUGGGCAUUAGGUUCUGAAGCUCCAGACCUAGUUCACAUUAAUAAGUUUCUAAGCUAUUUAAUGCUUCAUAGAACUGUCCUCAGAGUCUGCUUAAUUUCGUAAUACAAAGACUCAGCAGGCUGUUGGGGGUUAGGUGGUCCAUUCCCUUCCACAUAGGAAUUUUUUUUAUGAACAUCAUCUUUCCAGUCUGUAAUUUUAAUAAUAGUUUUUCUUGAUCCUUCUAGGUACCUGGAUGCUGAGGGGGUAAUAAGCACUUUUAAAUUAAAUAGGUGGUUUAUAUGAAAAGUCAGUAAGUCUUAGAGCUUCUCUCAUGAGUAAGGCACAAGAAGCAAGUGAAGCAUUUAGGUAGAGCCAGCUGCUUCCACAAGUUAUAUUUAUUAAUCCAGAAGUUCAUAAAUUUGGGGGUAUUUUGAAAAAAAAAUCAUGUAUAUAGAUAUGAAUAUAUUCCAAAUAUAGAAAUAUAUGAAUAUGUAUAUUCUUAUAUAUGUACACAGAAUGGAGAACUGCUUUCCAAUACCUGGUUUUUUUUUUCAAAUUCCCCCAAGUGAUAAGCUGUUUAUUGGUUUUUUACACUGUUAAUUAUACUGUAAAUCAAAAUCAGAGAUCCUAAUGUUCAGCUAGUACUACUAAAUUAUGUAUAUGGUUUUAUACUGUGAUUUAUUUAUAUGUGGCAUAUUUACUGCACACAUUGUAAGCUGACCUAAUGGGGCAAUUUCACUACUGGGCAAUGGAAGAAAAAUUGAUCUGAGCCUUUAUGCCAGGAUUUAUGCUAUUUUACUGGGACAGAGGUACAGCAACAAGUAAGAAAA